AUGACCAAUUUUGACUUUACCGGACUUCGCGUGGACGAUGCGUUUCGAAAGCUGUGCGACAAGCUCUUCCUCCGCGCAGAGACGCAACAGGUGGACCGAAUCCUUUUUGCGUUCAGCGAACGAUUCUGGGCUUGCAACCCCUUGCCGCUCUACACGAGCGCGGACGUGGUGCAUUCGCUCGUCUUCUCCUUGCUCCUGCUCAACACCGAUCUUCACGUCGCUGAUAUUGUCGAGAGGAUGACACGCAACCAAUUUGUGCGCAACACGCUCUCUGCCAUCAGCGAAAGUGCACGGAACGAAAGCUUCACUUCGACGAGCGGUCAUCCAAAUGCAGACGACUCUAGAAGCAGUCUCAAUGUCACCAUUGACAGUUCGUCGGGAGUCGGUACGCCUUCAGAUGCGCUAGGCUCUUCGAGCCUCAAACGCAAACCCUCAAAAAGCGGUAGCAGCGUCAAUCAAUUUCCGGUCUCUAGCGCCGCUGCGGAACGCGCAACGCCUUUGACCUUGGGCUUCGCAAACACGCUUUCUCACAGCAUUGUCAAGGAGGCGAAUGACGAGGACGACGCCACGAGCGAUGCCAGCUUGAAAGAUGACGAGCUGAGUGACGAGGAGCUGGCGCUCAUGGGUCCACCCUGGGCCAAAGAAGGCAUGCUGAACCGAAAGCAUUAUUGGGAAGGCCCGCAGAGACGCGCAAAAGACAAGAAUUGGCUCGAAGUCUUUGUCGUUGUACAAAAGGGUCUGUUUUCCGUAUUUCGCUUUGGCGCCGUCAGCGGUUCUACUUCCAAAGCUGCCACUGCAGUUGGAGGAGGCAAUUGGUUGUCCAAUGCUACACCGCUUGGGGACUUCUCCUUGGCCCACACCCUGGCGAAUGCGCUGCCUCCGCCUGGAUACAACCGUGCACGACCCCACGUCUUGGCUUUGACGUUGCCUACUGGUGGCGUGUACUUCUAUCAAGCCGGACAUGAAGAGCUGGUGCAAGAGUGGGUGUCCACCUGUAACUACUGGGCCGCCCGACAAAGCAGAGAGCCUUUGGGAGGUGCUGUUGGCAACAUGGAGUACGGCUGGAACAAGGUGCUGCCUAAGAGCCAGUACGAUUUCGACGAUGAGGAGGAUGGCGAGCGCGGUACGCUGGACGAUGAACCGCGCGAAUCCAUGGCACAGAGUGUGCACGGUCGUCCAAGUCAUGCGGGCAGCUUGGGCGCAGGGACUGCUGGUGUCCACGCAAACGAACGCAUCUACAUCAACGACUGGAAGGCGCCUAUCGCACCGACCACGCAAAGCACGCUCAAGGAAGAGGAGCAACUCGAGGCUUGCCUUCGCAGAGUGGCUACGAUUGAGAAGGAGCUGGAAGAACACAAUGCGUUGCGAGAGCCGAUGCGCUUGCUUUACAGUCCCAAAGGCAACAAUCAUGCUAAAGCGCUUCAGAAUUGGCAAACAAAGAGCCAGUGGUUGCUUGCAGAGCUCACCAAAUUUCAGGUGUAUGUCGAAUCACUGCGCGCGGCUGCCAAGUUGAGGGCUGAGAAGAGCGCUGCGAGGGCGGUGGAGAGCAUGAUGAAACGAGCUGAUGCGGUGAACCAGACGAGGCCGGAGGAAGAAGGGGGGCCUGUGCCCUCUAGCGCUUGA